AUGGGAUGCAUUAAUAUUGUUAUUUUUCUCAUUCAACAGGGUGCCAACGUUGAUUGUGAAACAGUUAGAGGAGAAACACCUUUACAUUUGGCUGCUAGAGCAAAUCAAACUGAUAUUGUCCGUGUACUUGUACGGAAUAAAGCAAAUGUAGAUGCUCAAGCUAGAGAAUUACAAACACCUUUACAUAUUGCUGCACGUCUUGGUAAUUCUGACAUUGCUUUAAUCCUUUUAAAUGCACAUGCUAAUCCAAAUGCUGCAACUAGAGAUCAAUACACGCCUUUACAUAUUGCGGCAAAAGAAGGCCAAGAAGAAGUUGUUCAACUUUUACUUGAUAAAAAAGCAAACAAGCAAUUAUUAACUAAAAAAGGAUUCUCUCCAUUACAUUUAGCUGCUAAAUAUGGAAAUUAUGGAGUUGUUAAACUUUUGUUAGAGAAAGGAACUCCAAUAGAUAUUGAAGGAAAAAAUCAAGUAACUCCGUUACAUGUUGCUGCACAUUAUAAUAAUGAAAAGGUUGCCCAGCUUCUGCUUGAACAUGGUGCUAGAGCGCAAGCUUGUGCCAAGAAUGGUUAUACUCCUUUACAUAUUGCUGCUAAAAAGAAUCAGAUGGAAAUAGCCCAAUCUUUACUUGCUUACCGUGCUGAUCCUAAUGCAGAAAGCAGAGCUGGAUUUACUCCUUUACAUUUAGCCUCAGAUGAGGGACAUAUUCAAAUGGUUGCUUUAUUAGUUGAAAAAGGAUCUAAAGUAAAUGCUAAAGCAAAAAAUGGAUUAACUCCAAUGCAUUUAUGUGCACAAGAGGAUAGAGUGGAUGUUGCUGAGCAACUCUUUCAAUGUGAAGCUGAUGUUAAUUCUAAAACUAAUGCUGGAUAUACUCCACUUCAUGUUGCCUGCCAUUUUGGACAAUUAGCAAUGGUUAAAUGGCUAGUUGAACACGGGGCUGUUAUUAAUGCAGAAACUAGAGCUAAUUAUACAGCUUUACAUCAAGCUGCACAGCAAGGUCAUAAUCACGUUGUUCGUUAUUUACUCGAAAAUGGCGCUUCUCCAAAUAUAAAAACUAAUUCUGGACAAACACCUCUUUCAAUUGCUCAACGUUUAGGUUAUGUUUCUGUUGUAGAAACAUUAAAAACUGUUACAGAAACAACGGUUAUUACCGAAACAACAACAAUAACUGAUGAACGUUAUAAACCUCAAAAUCCCGAGGCUAUGAAUGAAACGAUAUUUUCUGAUUCGGAAGAAGAAGCUGAUGACCAUCAAGUUGCUGCUGCUGAACAUGCUAGAGACUUUAAUGAGUCUAUAACUCAAGGUUUACGUGAUUCUGCAGUCGUUCAUUUAAUUCACACUGGAGAACAACAAUUAAGCAAAAGUUCUUCUCCUUUUGAAACAGAUGCUGAUUUAGAAGCUAUAAUUAAAAGAGCACAAAAUGUUCCCAUUUCUACAGCUUUUCCAGACCCAAGCUUUUUGGAAAAUGGACAUGAUGAUAAUAUUGCAUUAAAUAGAAAUGAAUUAAUUCAACCUAGGUAA